AUCCAGGCACCGCGCGCGCCCACACCUCGGAGUAACUGCUUCUUGGCUUGAGGCAGCUGGCUGGGGAAAGGACCCUGACUCUGGUCCUGGGGUUCCCCCUGAUUUUGAUGUGCUUUUAAUCUUGUGCAGACCUGGGAAGGUAGCGCGAGCAGCCGCAGCGCACAGCUCUUAGAGGUUACUACUGACAGUUUCCAUCACACAGGCUGGGAGACUGUCUGUGAGGGUGAUCUUGCCUGCCUGCUUCGCGAGCAAGAGGAUGUGUGUCUCCAUCCUGUGAGUGUAUGCGUGUGUCAAAACCCAGGCAGGUGUACCGUGGGAGAUUGUUACAGCGUGGAGAUAAUCUAGGAGCACGGUCUAUUCCCAUCUCCCAUUGCCCCCUGUCUCCCUCAUGUUCCCCUCUUCCUUUUGCCUUUGAUGAGUUUUUGGCUUACUUUUUGGUGGAGUCUCUUGGGCACGGAUUUUGCUGGCGUUGGAAGAUCAAAUAAAUGGAACAUUUAAAUUUUUCUCCUAUGUGACUCAAAGAAAAAGAUAAAAACAAACAAACAAAAAACAGAAGAGGAAAAGGAAAUAGAAUGGUGUGUUUUCAGCUAGAGGACUUAAAAUUUUCCUUGGCGAACUUUGGGAAUCCGUCCAGAAGAAAUGGUUUGCUUUACUGAAAGACUGCAAGAUUACACAGAGAGAGAGAGUGGAAUCAAAGAAGUUGGAACGUCAUAUGAUGUAAUAAAUAUAUGAGGCAUUGGAAGGACUAAUCUAUAUACUUUACCAAUAUGGAGACAUCCUGAAACCUCUUAGAACCUCCCUCCAUGAAUUAACUGGAUUCAAGCUUGACAAAUAGAGAAACUGCUCCAUGGACAUUUUCUACAGGUAUGAAGAACCUUAUAUGUAGAAAUCAAGAACAUUUAUUUAACUUCUUUGGAUUUUCUCAGCAAGAGAAGGAGUUGUGAUACACAUUUUUCUAAGAUUGGCAAAGACAUUGUCUUCUUAUGGAAUAGAGAUACCAAUGGAGAGUAAGACUGUUUGAACUCCAGAAGGACCAACCCCAGAUAAAUUAUGAAUGUUGAACAAGAUGACCUUAUAUCCACAGCAGAUAAUGAUAGGCCCUAGGUUUAACAGGGCCCUAUUUGACCCCCUGCUUGUGGUGCUGCUGGCUCUUCAGCUUCUGGUAGUGGCUGGCCUGGUGCGCGCACAGACCUGCCCAUCCGUGUGCUCCUGCAGUAAUCAGUUCAGCAAGGUGAUCUGCGUCCGCAAGAACCUGAGGGAGGUCCCAGACGGCAUCUCCACCAACACGCGGCUGCUCAACCUGCAUGAGAACCAGAUCCAGAUCAUCAAGGUGAACAGCUUCAAGCACUUGAGGCACCUGGAAAUCCUCCAGCUGAGUCGGAACCAUAUCAGAACCAUUGAAAUUGGGGCCUUCAAUGGUCUGGCGAACCUGAACACAUUGGAACUCUUUGAUAAUCGGCUGACCACCAUCCCUAAUGGAGCUUUUGUGUAUUUGUCUAAGCUGAAGGAGCUUUGGUUGCGAAACAACCCCAUCGAAAGCAUCCCUUCUUAUGCUUUCAACAGAAUCCCUUCUUUGCGCAGACUAGACUUAGGGGAACUGAAAAGGCUAUCCUACAUCUCAGAAGGUGCCUUUGAGGGUCUGUCCAACUUGAGGUAUCUGAACCUGGCCAUGUGCAACCUCCGUGAAAUCCCUAACCUCACACCCCUUGUAAAACUAGAUGAGCUGGACCUUUCUGGGAAUCAUCUGUCUGCCAUCAGGCCCGGCUCUUUCCAAGGUUUGAUGCAUCUGCAGAAGCUGUGGAUAAUACAGUCCCAGAUCCAGGUGAUCGAGCGCAAUGCCUUUGACACGCUGCAGUCUCUGGUGGAGAUCAACCUGGCCCACAACAACCUAACGUUCCUGCCUCAUGACCUCUUCACACCACUGCACCACCUGGAGAGAAUUCACCUGCACCACAACCCCUGGAGCUGCAACUGCGACAUCCUGUGGCUCAGCUGGUGGCUGCGGGACACAGCACCGUCUAACACAGCGUGUUGCGCACGCUGCCACUCGCCAGCCAGCCUGAAGGGCAGGUACAUCGGGGAGCUGGACCAGAGCUUCUUCACGUGCUUCGCGCCAGUCAUCGUGGAGCCACCUGCAGACCUCAAUGUCACCGAGGGCAUGGGCGCUGAGCUCCGCUGCCGGGCCGCCACCCCACUCACAUCCGUGUCCUGGAUCACACCCAGUGGCACCGUCAUGACCCACGGGGCCUACAAGGUGCGCAUCGCUGUGCUCAGCGACGGCACCCUAAACUUCACCAACGUCACUGUGCAGGACACCGGCAUGUACACCUGCAUGGUGAGCAACGCUGUGGGAAACACCACAGCGUCAGCCACACUGAAUGUGACCGCGGCCUCCACCACCCCCUUCUCAUACUUUUCCACGGUCACCGUGGAGACGAUGGAACCUUCUCAGGAUGAGGCAAGGACCACGGACCACAACGUGGGCCCCACUCCCGUGGUUGACUGGGAGACAACCAAUGUCACCACAUCUCUCAUGCCCCAGAGCACAAGGUCCACAGAGAAAACAUUCACUAUCCCCGUGACUGACGUGAACAGUGGGAUCCCAGGGAUUGACGAGGUCAUGAAAACAACCAAAAUCAUCAUCGGGUGUUUUGUGGCCAUCACACUCAUGGCAGCGGUGAUGCUUGUCAUCUUCUACAAAAUGAGGAAGCAGCACCACAGGCAAAGCCAUCACGCCCCUGCCAGGACUGUGGAGAUCAUCAACGUGGACGAUGACAUUGCUGGGGAUGCGCCCAUGGAGAGCCACCUGCCCAUGCCUGCCAUCGAGCACGAGCACCUGAACCACUAUAACUCUUACAAAUCCCCUUUCAACCACACCACCACGGUCAACACAAUAAACUCAAUACACAGUUCAGUGCAUGAACCAUUAUUGAUCCGAAUGAACUCAAAAGACAAUGUCCAAGAGACUCAAAUCUAAAACACUGGCAAAAAACAAUCAAUAAGACCAUUUAUUAAAAAUGACAUAAAUGACUCGGCUAAAUCUACUGUUUCAAAAAGUGUCUUUACAAAAAAAAAACAAAAAGAAAAGAAAUUUAUUUAUUAAAAAUUCUAUUGUGAUCUAAAGCAGACAAAAUUAUGUGUAUUCCUCAGCACCUGUUUUUGCUGCACUUACUAUUUCCCAUAUCUCUUCCUCCCCGCCUCCAUCCGAUUGCCAUAUUUUUCAUAGAUUACAAUUCCCUAAAGAACUGGCCUAGGAAAUUUUGUAAGAAUUCUGUUACACUUUGAGAUUUUUAUGGUGAAUUCUAGUGGUGAGAUCCAGUCUUAUUUUUCUCCUUCUCUUUCAUUUUUGUUUUUUCUUCAUGCCCUUAUGAAGUAGUCCAAUGGGGAAUGCAAUAUUAGAAAUAGAUUUUUAAGAAAGAAUGAGGAAAAUGCAAGAUCUUAUAUUUUUCAUGUAAUGACCUGUUCUGUGCUUAUGAGGACCAUUCUGUGGAGAAGAAAACCCAAGUGAGCAAACAGCAGAUUAACUUACCUAUGAGAAUCUAUAACACCCAGGACUUUUAAACAACUCUAGAAUCAGAAUUUGUAGUUCAAAAGCAUAAAAUAAGAUUAUAAAUAAAAUAUUGUUGGUUUUUCUGUA